CCAGAUGAUGAGAUUGUGAUUGAGUCACCUGCUGCUCAGACUCAAGUUUUGCAAAAAGAAACACUGGAAAUGAAUGAGACACCUUCUUCUCCAAUAUCUCCAAAGAGUAUUGAGGCUCAAGUUUUUACUCCAAUUCAGAAACAGCAGACGGUAACAGAGGAAACGUAUGAGGCUACACAGCCAUUGACUGAGAUCAUUUCAGCAAACAAUAAAAAGGAGGAUACACAUGCUGUGCAUCACACACCUUCCUCUCCAUUGUCUUCACUAAUUGCACUAGUUAUUGAAGAAAAUAAGAAUGCUUUGAGUGAGACAGAAACUGCGACCCAAUAUUUUUCUACAAGUGAAGGAGAGCAUACACAAUCAAGCAGAAAGAAUCAAGCAGAAGAAUAUCUCAAGGAUACUACAGAACCUACUACUGAGCUAGUUUCCACAGAUGUUUCGAAGACACAGCCUCUUACUCCGCAAACACAGCACCUUCAGACAAGUGAGGGAGAUCAAUCCGAUGAGACACCAUCAGAGCAGAAUCAAGCAGAAGAAAAUCUCAAGGAUACUACAGAACCUACUACUGAGCUAGUUUCCACAUAUGUUUCGAAGAUGCCGCCUAUUACUCAGCAAACAGAGCAUCUUCAGACAAGUGCUAUAGAUUUUUCAGAAACAAACGAGGUUGAAGUAAGCAGGCUUCUAGCUCACUUUCAAAUAGGCGCAGAGGUUGAGAUUUUGUCUACUGAUGACGAAAUAUGGUAUCCAGGAAAGGUUGUUGAUCUUAAACUGUGUGAAGGACUAGAGGAGCUGACAGUUGAGUACACGACACUCUUCACAGACCAACAUAGACUUCAGAAACUUCAGGAUACUAUCACGGCUGACAAAAUACGUCCUGCAACACCAACUAGUGACCAAAAAUCCUUUGAGAUGAUGGAUAAGGUAGAAGCCUUUUACAACAAUGGCUGGAGCAGCGGACAAAUUAGCAUGGUACUUGGUGAUAACACAUACUCGGUGUGUCUCUAUACUUCUAUGGAAACUAUUCUAUUCAAACAUUCAGAUUUGCGAAUUCAUAGAGAAUGGAAAGAUGGAGUCUGGAAGAUGGCAGAUAAGGUGAAGCCUGAUAAGAAAAGGAAAGCUGCUGCCUCAUCACAAAAUUCAGGAAUGGAUAAUGUUUUCCUAAGAAGGAGCGAGAGGGUGCCUAAACGAUCUAGAGACACAAAAACUCCAUUCAAGUCUGACAGAAAUCCGGCUUUAACUGUAAUACCUGAGAUUAUACCUGCAGUUGAUCCGUUUUCAACUCCUGCGGAACAUAAGCUUUCAAGGCUUCAAAAUUGGAUGACAUUAAAGCCCGGCAUGCAUGAAACGUCCCUAUCAAUCAAUGAUAAUAAGAUAAGGAAAUCUUUCUUUCAAAGCAUGGAAAAUGCAAAAAAGGACCUUAAGAAAGAGCACAUUGAUGGAGCCUUUGCAAUGCUAAAUUGCAGAAGAAAUGAGAAUGCUGCUUGGUUCCACAACUACAAGAUUCCAAAGGCGUGCUUCCUACCUAUGGAGUUCUUGCAUUGCUUGCUCUCUGAUGAUUUGGCUUACAAGAAAGAAAAGGUCAAAGGUAAAAAGAUUUUCAACGAUUUAUUUAAAGAUACUGUGAGAGGGAAGGUAUAUCCAGAGAAGACAUGGGGAGAAGAUGUUGAUGUUGUGUAUGGGAUUACUCUUGGAAAAAAAAGCAAUGUCUGGAUUGGGAUGGAAAUUCAUUUGAAGAAGAAAAGAAUCACAGUAUAUGAUUGUUUUCAAAAGGAAAGCAACAGCAUUGAUAUUCCUCAAGUGAAAAAGUUGACAGGUAUGUAUAAACAAUUUGUAUUUGAUGUAUUCAACUGUUUCUUGGUUUGAAAUAUUCAACUGAUUCUAUCUUGAUAUUGAUUUUUAAAUAUGACAGUGUUGAUUACUAAUCUGCUGGUGGAAUCUUCUGGUGAUGAGGUAGAUAAAGUGAAGAUGAUUCCAUUUGAGAUUGAUUACCCAAGACAAAACAUCCUUUCAACUGUGGGAUAUUUCUUGUCAAGAUUCUGGAGUGCCAGUCAUUGAAGAUAGGAGACAUGACAAAGAUUAAUGAUGACAAUGCAUUGGAGCUAAGGAGAACCUUGUCUUGUGAGAUAUUCAACCAAUUUGUGGAUGAGAGCUUUGGGAAAUGAGAAUGAUGCAUGAAAACAUUUUUUGUUUUAGUUAAGACUCGGUUUUAGUUAUGACUGUUUAUUUUGUUAUGUUGUUGGCGUCUGGUUACAUAAGAAAGAUUGGAAGGAUAUCAAGUAUUUUUUUUGGGUAUCAUAUAUCUUGGAAGGUUAAAAUAAUGUUUCUGGAUGGGUUUUCAGAAAAAAAGUUAAGUGUUUCAAAUGUAAAAAAGAAUGAAAUGAGAUUAUAUACUAAGGAUUGGACAUGUAUAUGGUAAGCUUAAAAUUGUGAUGUUUACAGACAACAAAAAUUUAGAACCACAAAGGAUCGAACCCAGAGGGAGAGAGUUUGCGUAUUUGGAUAGUGUGGGAGUUUAGCCACUAGGCCAAGAAGAAUCAUCUGUUAAUGGAUUACAUUUAAUUUUAUUUAACUCCAAACUGUAACACAAAAAAAAAUUAAAAUUGAUUUUGAAUCCACCACAUAUCGAACCCGGGGAUAGAGAGACUUUUGAGUUAUGAAAUGCCUUGGUUUAACCGCUGGUCUGAGGAGAAUCAUCUGUUAAAGAAUAUUACAUAAGCAUACUUAAACCAAUUAAUAUAGGAUAGGUUUCCAAAACAAUACAUUUCGAUUGAAAAAAGACAAAACUCUUGCCGUCUCAACACUCUCGCCGUUUCAAACUUCUCGAAUCUCACUCGUCUCCGCCUCUCGAAUCUCUCUCUCAUCUCCAUAUCUCUCGAUCUCCGACGAAAACCCAUCUCCAGAACUCUCUCUCUCUUUCGAUCUUUUACGCGAGCUCUCUCUAUUCUCCGAGAAAAACCAUUUCUAGAGCUCUAUCUCUUUAAGGUAUGUUGCAGAUUCAACCUUAUGUGUGUUUUCUUUCUGAGAGAUUGGUCUCCUGGUUUUUGCUUGUGUAUAGACUUCCUCGUUUUAACCUAAUAUGAUUGGUAGAAUUCUAGUUCAUGUGAAAGCAUGUGUAUAGACUCAGGAAGGAUUUGUAUUGUUUCAGGAAACCCUUCCUGAAAAUUGGAUUUUAAUUAAUUUAGACAAAUAAAAUUUUUCUUGUUUACGCAGGAUAGAAACAAGAUGGGAGAUCCAUUAAGACUAGCACUGCCUGAGCUGAGGUAUCCGAUUGGAUCAGAGCCAGAGAAGACGAUAUCGAUAAACCAACACUCGAUAGUUGCUUAUAUCAAAACUGUUAAGGAAAUUCUAGGAAAUGAUGAGUUCAACAGAAUAAGAGGGACGUUUUUGGGACCGGUGAUCAAGCUUGGAGAGAGGUCUUUGAAAUUAUCAGCUAAGAUAGUGCACGCAGUUCUCACCAAAAGCAUCAAGACAGUGAAGAGACACGAAGCAUGGUUCCAUUUUGGUGCUCAGCCAAUGAGGUUCUCUAUAAGAGAAUUCCACAUGGUGACUGGUUUGAAAUGUAGUGGUGAAGCAAGAGAACCACGAGAGGAAACCGAGAAAUUUAAGUGGGACUUCCUAAAAGGGCGUACUCAUACAGUAAAGGACGUGGAGAAGCAGCUCAGAAACACAAGAGAAGAUGCUUCUGAUGAGAGAUUCUGCCUUGCAAUGCUCCUCCUGAUUGAGAGCAUACUACUACAGAAGAGCCUUCUCGACGGUGGCACAACUUUUACUUUGGAUUAUGUGAAAAUAGCGCAGGAUAUGGAUGUCUUGAUGACAUACCCAUGGGGGAGAACAGCUUAUAAUUUGCUGUUAAAAUCACUUCAGAGAGCUGUCGACAAAAGCCUCGACAAAAACAAUUAUGAUUUGCAAGGAUUCCCUAUGGCAUUUCUUAUAUGGAUACUUGAGUCAGUACCUUUGCUACAGUAUGCAUUCAGUCAAGUUGUUCCUAUUCUGAGCGUUCAACCGUCUACCCCAAUAUUUUUGUGUGAGAAGUACCUUCAAAUAGCUUCUCCACAGCUGAUAGAUGUUCUCCUAAUUGAAAUCAAAGAUCAUGUAAGUUUUUACAUUAUUUUUUUCUUGUUUCUGUUUUGCCUUAUGAUUCUCCAUUUAAAAGCUAAUUAUUUUUAUGGUUUCAGCUUAAGGUCACAUGCAUCCUACCUCCUAUUUCUAAUGAUCCAGAAGCUGAUGUUUGCAUGGAAGACGAAGCUAAUAAAGAUCUGGAUGACAUGGCCGAUUUAUCCAAGAGAGGUUAUAAGUUUAAAAUUAGAGAUUGGCGAAACAUGUCAGUAGACCUAUACGGUGCUAAUGAACAAAUAAGAAGAGCA